CAAGAUUACACUAAGCAAGGCUUGAUCCGCGAAGCAAAAGACCACAGCUCACUGCUGUGUGCGUGUGGGGAGUCAAUCUUUUUCCCGUCUUCAUGGGUAAGUUUGCCGUUAGUUCGCAUGUGUCCUUGGCCAUGCGGCUGAGCAGGCACUAAUGAGCCUCUCCGUGAGUCUUAGCUUCGAGCAGAAGGUUGCAUACGCUGAGAGAUGUUUGGGCAUCAAUGUUCAGAAUGACAGCCGAGAACUUUUUGACUUCGUCCAGUCCAUGCUGGAAAAGCCGCUCCCUGUGCCAUGGAGACAGUGCUUCGACGAGCACUGGAGACUUUUCUACUACAAUGAGCGGACAAAGAUCUCAGUGUGGAGUCAUCCACUUGAAUCUGCUCACGUUCACCUGGUAGAAGCCUAUCGGCGGAUUGAGGCUGAAGCCUCCACGCUGCAGUCCGAGCUGCGACACUUGAGAGCGCUGGCGGAGGUGAAGCCACCUGUCCAGGCUGAAUCGGCCAAGUGGAGCGAAGCGGAGGCUGAUGGAAGGACCUUCUUCUUCCAUGUCGAGGAGCCGCGCCGAGCCACCUGGGAGAAUCCCCGUGAGGUCAUCAUGGCCAACCUCGCCUUCGAGGUUGAAAUGAUUGGCCAAGCCUUCCCAAAGAUGGAAGUUGCAACUCACAUAGAACACAGCCCAGAGAUGCCAGAGGAGGUUGUCGAAGAGAUGCGAAGGUCAAGAGAACUGUCCUAUGCCUCGUCCCAAAGCGGGCGGCAUAGGAGGCCUUCACGUGCUACUGAUGAGGAAGGGCACAACGGGCACAACAGACAACAGCUGAGGCGGCAACAGGCCACUCUGCUCAUCUCUGUUGCUCGUCGAUGGCUAUGCCAGCUAGACUUGGCGAGAAGAUAUGAGGCACUGCGACGUCUGCAGGGCUGCCUUCGUGCCUGGUUAUAUACAGCGGCUUUGUCCAGAAUGCGGCAGAGUCAGGCUCGAGAUGUGAUGAUCUGCUUCCUGCGCCGCUGGUUGGCAUGGCAGAAUUUGCUAGACCUUGGGGCGGAGGGAUCAGUGGUGGACUCGGUCUAUUCAUCCGACUACGAGCCAGAGUCCCAAUCAAGGUGCAGCCCAAUGAGCGCAGGAGGUGACUCGCUUGCCGCAGGUCAGGAAGAAAAUACUGCGACCGACAGAAACGAGGUGAGCCCGCAGAGUUACAUUUCACUGGACGCUUCCUCUCUCGGGAGGAUGCCGCGCUGGGAAGGCGCUUUGGGAUUUCACCAUGACCGACUCUUCGCUCGAUGCGAAGCAAUCGCUUCGUGGGGAGGUGUUUCUUCGCCUCACUGGCGAUCACAUUUGGAAAUCCCACCCAUGAAAAUCCCCGAGUUCAAGGAGCUUCAGGCACCUCUGAAGAACUUUGAGCUGGAAGCCAACAGCUUUAUCAGUGGU